AAAAUAAUCAUAGUUAUACAUUACAUCCGGGUGUAUAUAACAAGUUGUAUGAGACAUGACCCAACAUGCAAAUACUUCGAAGUCCAAAUUAAUGUUAUAUUGUUAUCAGACCGACCGGUUUGAGCGUUUGACAUCGUCUGCUUGAAUUUAACGUCUGCCUUUCACUCAAAAACCAAAAACCCUUUCUUCCCCAAAACCCUAAUUCAAUGAUCAGAUAACAAACAAACCCCAAUUUUCAAAUCAACCCAAUUUAAAUUUUACCAUAGAAAGCCUCAAUUCCACUCCUAUUUCUUCAACUAUGCUUAACAAUGGCGAUAUUGAAUUUAAAUCAUCCGCCAUUAAAAUCCCUCUUUCUUCACCUCAAAAUCCCAUCCCUCACCUCCCAUUUUGCUCUCAAUCCCUAACUUCCACCCUCUCACAAGCCAAAUUCUCAAUUACCCAGUUCCUAGAUUCCCUCAAAUUCCACAGAAAACCCAUCAAAUUGCGCUCUUUCCCAUCACCAUUGCUGUGCUCUUCGACAUUGGCACUGAACGAGUCGACUCAGGCUCAACCCGGUGGUGCUACUGGUGGUGGUGGUGCGAUUGAGGUGGCUCAGACAAAGGCACCGGUGAGUCGGACUCGGAGGGAGGAUGAGGAGAGAGUGUUGAUUAGUGAGGUGUUAGUGAGGAACAAAGAUGGUGAAGAAUUGGAGAUGAAGGACUUGGAAUCAGAGGCAUUAAUGGCGUUGAAAGCGUGCCGGGCGAAUUCGGCAUUGACGGUUAGAGAAGUUCAGGAGGAUGUUCAUCGAAUUAUUGAUAGUGGCUAUUUUUCUUCAUGUAUGCCUGUUGCUGUAGAUACUCGGGAUGGUAUCAGAUUGGUCUUUCAGGUAGAACCAAACCAGGAGUUUCGGGGAUUGGUGUGCGAAGGAGCUAAUGUUCUUCCGUCCAAAUUUGUAGAGGAUAAAUUUCGUGAUGGAUAUGGAAAAGUGGUCAAUAUCAGGCAUUUGGAUGAAGUGAUUGAAUCCAUCAAUGGAUGGUAUAUGGAGCGUGGCCUUUUUGGCAUGGUUUCAGGUGUUGAGAUUCUUUCAGGGGGUAUACUAAGGCUACAAAUUGCUGAAGCUGAGGUCAAUGAUGUCUCAAUACGUUUUCUUGAUCGAAAGACCCGUGAGCCAACUGUGGGGAAGACAAAGCCUGAAACAAUACUCCGCCAACUUACAACUAAAAAAGGGCAGGUUUACAGUUUAAAUCAAGGAAAAAGGGAUGUUGAAACAGUUCUAACUAUGGGAAUUAUGGAAGAUGUUAGCAUUUUUCCCCAGCCCGCCGGAGACACUGGUAAGGUUGAUUUGGUAAUGAAUGUGGUUGAGCGUGUGAGUGGAGGUUUCUCAGCUGGUGGUGGAAUUUCGAGUGGGAUAACCAGUGGUCCAUUGUCUGGUUUGAUCGGAAGCUUUGCAUAUUCUCAUAGAAAUCUUUUUGGUAAAAAUCAAAAAGUCAAUGUCUCCCUUGAGAGGGGGCAAAUCGACUCUAUAUUUCGAAUAAAUUACACAGUCCCGUGGAUUGAAGGUGAUGAUAAGCGUACGCAACAGUCAAUUAUGAUUCAGAAUUCAAGAACUCCUGGUACUUUGGUCCAUGGUAACCAGCCCAACAAUGGUAAUAUAACCAUUGGCCGUGUAACAGCUGGCAUGGAAUUCAGUCGUCCUCUAAGACCAAAGUGGAGUGGAACAGCUGGACUUACGUUUCAGCGAGCUGGUGCUCAUGAUGACAAGGGGGAUCCUGUUAUAAAAGAUUUUUACAGCAGCCCGCUUACUGCAAGUGGGAAUACUCAUGAUAAUAUGUUGCUUACCAAAUGUGAGUGUGCCUACACUGGUGAUUUAGGAUCCUCAAUGUUGGUCUUCAGCAUGGAACAAGGUCUUCCUAUCUUGCCAGAGUGGUUGAGUUUUAAUAGAGUAAAUGCCCGGGCCAGGACAGGGGCAGAGGUUGGGCCAGCCAAUCUUCUUUUAAGUUUGUCUGGUGGUAAUGUGCUGGGUAAAUUCUCUCCUCAUGAAGCAUUUGCCAUUGGUGGCACAAACAGUGUGAGAGGAUAUGAAGAGGGUGCUGUUGGCUCAGGCCGUUCCUAUGUGGUUGGCUGCGGUGAAAUAUCCUUCCCUCUGUUUGGUCCAGUAGAUGGUGCCUUUUUUGCUGAUUAUGGAACUGACCUUGGAUCAGGCUCAUCUGUUCCUGGUGAUCCUGCUGGUGCAAGAGGUAAACCUGGGAGUGGAUACGGGUAUGGAGCUGGUAUCCGCGUGGAGUCUCCUUUAGGUCCUCUACGGCUUGAAUACGCCUUCAAUGACAAGAAAACUGGGAGGUUUCAUUUCGGUGUUGGGCAUCGUAACUAGCAACUCUUCUAUGGGAUCUUUCGUAGGUUGUCUCUUUCCUAAUCAAAGUUUUUGUCCCGAAGUAUAGAUUAGGAACCACCCCCCCAAAAUUACCACCACCCACAUUUUUUUAUAAUUCACUGUUAGAGGUUCACAAUUGAUGUUGAUUCAGCUUACUUGUGAGAGGGUUUACACAUGAGCACAUCCCUGUAACUGUCUUCCUGCUUCAAUUGUAUAUUGUCUGUUUUCAUUUUUUUUCUUGUUUAAUCUUACAUUAUUUUUAUCUUUUUUAAUUACGCUUUGUGGAAUUUAUGUGCAUUCAGGAUUAGAAUGACCUUUUUUUUUGGGUGUGAGGGAGCCGAAGUCCCUACGUGAGCAAUGAUGCAUCUCUAAUUUAAUUUCUGGUGUUGGGUAAUAACUCUCAUACUUUAACCUACUAGGCAAAGUCUUGUUUA